AUGGGUGAUUCCUGCUUCAGUUAUUCCAAGGGCAUACAUGCUAACAACCCCCAAUUACCUUCAAAACCCACCUUUCCAACUUCUCAAGCAAAACCCACCUUACCAACUUCCCAAGCAAAACCCACCUUACCAACUUCUCAAAUAAAACCCGACUUAUCAACUUCUCAAAUAAAACCCGACAUACCGACUUCUCAAAUAAAAACCGACUUACCAACUUCUCAAAUAAAACCCGACUUACCAACUUCUCAAAUAAAACUCGACUUACCAACUUCUCAAACAAAACCCGACUUACCACCUUCUCAAACAACUAAGCCGAUUAACCUACUUCCUCUCAAAUUCUGGAGCCUUCCCUACAUCACCCAUAGUCCCGAAAUUCUUGAAGCUGCAAUAAUCUUCAAUUCGGAACGGGUUGGUGAACUAUUUGCCGCUUCAGGACAAAAAGAUACUUUGUCGAAUUCAAAUCCUCAAGUUCUCAGAGAACCUACUCCUCGCAUUCCUUUAUAUGAUGGGACCUCUAGCAAUUUACCUAUAUUUUGUUCGCAACUUAUGAACCAGCUACAAGACCAAUCUUUCUCAGACGAAAUAUCGAAGGUGCGGUAUGCUUAUUCUCGUCUUGGACCCGGUGCUCUAAAAAAAAUGCGGCCUUAUUUUCUUCAUCUAGAAAAUCCAAUUGUUCCUCUGGAAAUACAAAAUAUCACAGAGUUUCUUGCAGCCCUAAAACAGGAGUGCGGAGACCCUAGUCUCAUGUGGAAAGCUACACGUGCAGUGGAGCAGAUGAAGCAAGGUGAUAUGAGAUUCCACGAUUUUAUAACCUUGUUCCAAGAGAAAAUGGCCGACUCAACAUAUGCUGAGCUUGAAAAGAAUACUUGGAAAAAGAUGCUGGAACCCCGACUCUCUUACAAGCUCUCCGAGAUACUAUUAUCUGUCUCCGACGUACCAACUGACUACUUCAAGUUUGUGGCUUAUCUCAGAACCAAAGAUGCACGUAUCCAUGAAUUAAUGACAGAUUUUGCGACCCAAUCUAAUGCUGAAGCUAUCAUGCCAUAA